GUCGCCGCGUUCUGGACAAACUUUGACGUUGCCUGGCAAGCUGGACCUCCUCCUUCUCUUCUUCGUCCUCCUCCUCUUCCCCCCACCCCCACCAAAACGCAAAGUGCGUUGCCGCGCACGCGCACAUGCGGGAUCGCGAUGCGUUCAAGCAAAUCGAGCUGCUUGGUUCCGUUUAAAGCCUGUGACGUCAUCGUCCGUAACUUUCACCGUCCGUAAACGAGCGGCGCGCGCGAAUCUGCGCGUGUGUACGGCGGCGGCGGAUCCAGCAAGGGGUCAGCGCGGCGCGUGCACGUGUCGCAUGUGUGUCACGGCGCAGCGCGGCGCCCGCUGAUGUUGUUUUGACACAGAUGACGUACAGCGUGACGCGCCUGAACGAUGAGAUAAGCAGUUCCACUCCGCGUGCGUGCAUGCACGAAGGAGCAGGCAGGCGCACGCGCGCGUCGCUGGUUAUUUGUGACGGACACCGAGGAGGAUUCUGGGCUGGAGAAAGGAUUCAGGGUAGUUUCUGGUAGCAGCAGAGUCAAACUGGCUGGAUCCAGCUCUGCGGGAGGACUAGCGCCGAGCGCGCGCACACACACCUGAGCGACACGCAGCGGCCGCGCGCGCACAGCAGCGGCACCUGACAGGAAAGUAGUUCUCCGCUUCAAUCUGACCUGACAGUACAGGAGGCUCAGAUAGGCUGAGGAACUCUGACCCAGAGCGCUCCUGAUUGGACAGCUUCGCCAUGACACAGGCUGACGUCAUCAAUGAGCAGGUGAGGUCAGUGAGAGGUUAAAGGUCAGCAUCACCACCUUGUCUUGCCGGCUCCUCAUUAGCUGACCUUUGACCCCUGACGGAUUAAAAAUGGCCUCCUGGCUGGGAGGUGAAGCUCGCCGAGUCGUCGUUUUUCCCACUGAGGGUCUGUGGAAUGUGUUUGUGUGAAGGACAGAGACUCCAGAGGAAUUUUCUCGGUGGUUUGGUGACGAUGGAAUAACGUCUGAGUGGAUUGUGCCGUUUGCUGAACUUCAGGCUCAUUAUGGAGCAGGACUUCAUACAGUAGGACCUUUGACCCGCUCUGCUGCUCGUUACGCUUUUAUUUCUGACUCUGCUGCUGUGAAUGGACCUCCGAGUCUCCGAACGCUAGGAGGAGACUCCAGACACACAGAAAACUACAAAUAUGGCCGCCACAGGACGGAAGCACUUGGUAAAAGAUUUCAACCAUUUCAUCACCUGCUACCUGUGCCGAGGUUACCUGAUCAAACCGACCACAGUCACUGAGUGCCUGCACACCUUCUGUAAGAGCUGCAUCGUGCAGCACUUUGAGGAGAGCAAUGACUGUCCUAAAUGUGGCAUCCAGGUCCAUGAGACCAACCCACUGGAGAUGCUGAGGCUGGACAACACGCUGGAGGAGAUCAUCUUCAAGCUGGUGCCCGGACUCAGAGAAAAAGAGGAACAGCAGGAACUGGACUUCUGGAAGAAGAACCAGCCGAAGGAGAACGGCCAAGAGAGCCUGCGGUGUCUUCCUGACGGCGGCGCCUCUGGGGGCGCCGAUGACGAUGGUGAGGGCGGUGAAGGUGGAGACUACCACAGGAGCGACCCUCAGAUCGCCAUCUGCCUGGACUGCCUGCACAACGCGGGGCAGUCCGGGGAGAGCAGCGUGACGGACCUGAUGAAGAGGUUCAUCCGCUGCUCCAGCAGGGUUACCGUGGGAACCAUCAAGAAGUUCCUCAGUCUUAAACUCAAGCUGCCGAGCUCUUAUGAGCUGGAUGUGCUCUGCAACGGAGAAAUCAUGGGCAGAGAUCACACCCUGGAGUUCAUCUACAUGACCCGCUGGCGGCUGCACGGAGAGAACACGUAUCCGAUGGUUCUGGAGUACCGGCCGCGGAUCGACUUCGGCUGAGCCGCAGCAGGACCACAAACACGCAUCCAUACAACGUCUCCACAUCGACACAUAGACGCCUAAAAGUGCAGAUAAAGAGAGAUUUAGAUGUAUUUUUGUACAGCCAAUGAUGAAGUGCUCCUGUUGUUACGUUGAAAAGCCUUUAUGCUACAUAGAAUAAUAUAUGCUAUAAUAUAUGCUAUUUUUAAAUGUAUGUCCCUGUGCCUAAAAUCCUGUUUGGAACGAUCAUAUCUCCAGUUUGCCUGUCUAACUAACUGUAGAUUAAAUGUUGAUUUUCUACUG